AUGGGAUGGACGGCCCCAGUCAUUCCCAAGCUACAGGAUCCAGAGCAGACUCCGCUACCUUCGGAAGUUUCGGAAACAGAGACGUCAUUAAUAGGCUCCAUUUUGUACGUAGGAACUAUUGUCGGACCUUACUUAAGUGGAUAUUUGUGCAAUGCGCUCGGCCGAAAACCAUGCUUCUACUUAGCAGGGCUCUUUUCAAUCAUUUCCUUUCUACUUUUGGCCACAGCGAACAAUCUCUCGAUGAUUUAUGUCGGCAGAGUUUUUAACGGUUUCGGUAUUAUUCCCGGUACACUUAUCGGGGAAAUGUUCCAUUCUAACGUUAGAAGUACAGGGUCAACUGUAAGUGCCACAAUCGGUUGGUUGUUCGGUUUCGGCUUGACGACUAUCUUCGGUUACAUGGUCUCGGAGCUGGGAAGUCACAUCACCUUUUGGAUAUUCUCGGGCAUGUGUGCUUUGGCUUUCCUUUUCACUUUGGUAUUCGUGCCGGAAACUAAAGGAAAGACUUUAGACGAGAUACAGUUUAUGUUAAAUAAA